AGUUUGCUCUUUGGCAAUGGCCGUCGAAGCUUCGCCUCUCUCUUCUCGACCUUCGACGAAAAAGCACAGGAGAAAACGACCCCAGUUAGACCCAGAGCUCGAACGACUCGACUCACUUCCGUGGAACCCCGCUCUCCCCGAUGAGGACUCCUUCUCUCUCGUCGUUGGUACUAACGAACUCGAAGGAGGAUUUCUUUCACUGGAAGAGAUUGGCGAAGCCGAGUAUGGUUUAGACAUUCCUCAACCUGAGGUAGGAAAUAGGAAGGAGAACAAAGCCAAGCAGAGUACAAAAUUGAAGAAACACAAACGUGGCGGUGAUGACAGCAGCUCUGGUGAGUCUAAGGCUGAAGAGGAAAUGUUGGAGGAGGCUAAAGUUGGAGAGAGAAUGGAGAAGGAUGUGAAUGUGAAGACUAAAAAGAAAAAGAAGAACAAGAAGAAAAAGAAGGCAAACGACAAGGAAAAUGAAAUGCAAACAAAUGAGGAACUCCCAGCUGGUGUUGUCAAGCUGUGUAUCAUACGGCAUAGUAUAUGUAGCCAAACUGUUGAAGUUAGCAAUAGCAUGGAUGAUGUUGAAGAAGAGUUGGUUGAUGGAGCUGAUUAUUAUGCGUGGAGUGAGUUGAGGCUUCAUCCCCUGCUCAUGGGAUCAAUACACAAGCUUGGCUUCAAGGAACCAACUCCAAUACAGAAAGCUUGUAUUCCUGCUGCUGCUCAUCAAGGGAAGGAUGUUGUUGGUGCUGCGGAGACGGGAUCUGGGAAAACACUUGCUUUUGGUUUGCCCAUUUUGCAACGUCUUCUAGAGGAACAAGACAAGACUGCAAAGAUGCCUGAGGAAAAGGGGGAGGAAGCAAAAAAAAUUUCUCCAGAGGGACUUUUACGUGCUCUUAUUAUUACUCCUACAAGGGAACUUGCACUUCAGGUCACUGAUCAUCUCAAGGCCGUAGCCACUGGAACUGAUAUUAGAGUGGUUCCUAUUGUUGGGGGAAUGUCAACAGAGAAGCAGGAAAGACUCCUAAAGAAAAGGCCUGAGAUUGUUGUUGGAACUCCAGGGAGGUUAUGGGAACUUAUAUCAGGAGGAGAAAAGCAUCUUGUCGAGUUACAUUCUUUGUCUUUUUUUGUGCUGGAUGAGGCUGAUCGAAUGAUUGAAAAUGGACAUUUUCGUGAGUUGCAGUCAAUAACUGACAUGCUUCCUGUCACCAAUAGCCCCGUUGAAGAUCACUCUCAAAAUACACAAAAUUGUGUCACAGUUUCAAGCUUCCAAAGAAAGAAAAGACAAACUUUGGUUUUUUCUGCUACCAUAGCACUAUCUGCUGAUUUUCGCAAGAAGCUAAAGCGUGGUUUUGUAAAACCAAAGCAGUCAUUAACUGAUGGGUUGAAUUCUAUAGAAGCUCUCUCUGAGCGAGCUGGAAUGAGAGCUAAUGUUGCCAUCAUUGAUUUGACAAAUGCAUCAAUUUUGGCGGAUAAGAUUGAGGAAUCUUUUAUUGAAUGCAGGGAGGAAGAUAAAGAUGCCUAUUUGUAUUAUAUUUUGAGUGUUCAUGGAGAAGGCCGCACAAUUGUGUUCUGUACAUCAAUUGCAGCUUUGCGCCAUAUCUCUUCUCUUUUGCAUAUUCUUGGCAUCAAUGUUUGGACACUACAUGCUCAAAUGCAGCAGCGAGCUCGGUUGAAGGCAAUUGAUCGUUUUCGUGGAAAUGAACAUGGAAUACUUGUUGCCACUGAUGUCGCAGCAAGAGGCCUUGAUAUUCCUGGUGUUCGAACUGUUGUUCAUUAUCAGCUGCCACAUUCUGCUGACGUUUAUGUUCAUAGGAGUGGAAGAACUGGUAGAGCUCUUGCUGAUGGGUGCAGCAUUGCACUAAUCUCACCAAAUGAAACAUCAAAAUUUGCUUCUUUGUGCAAAUCAUUUUCCAAGGAAAGUUUUCAGCGAUUUCCUUUAGAGAACUCAUACAUACCAGAGGUCCUAAAACGAUUAUCUCUUGCUCGUCAAAUAGACAAAAUUUCGCGGAAGGACUCCCAGGAGAAAGCCAACAAAAGCUGGCUUGAGCAAAGUGCAGAGUCAGUGGAAUUAGUGAUGGACAAUUAUGACAGUGAGGAAGAAAGAGUGAACAAUUUCAAGCAAAAGAAAGCCACGUCCAUGCAAUUAAAGAAGUUGCAGCAGGAGCUCAAUAUGCUUUUAUCACGUCCAUUCCAGCCAAGAACAUUUUCACGCCGUUAUUUGGCAGGGGCUGGUGUUUCACCUCUUCUGCAACAUCAGUUUGAAGAAUUAGCUAGGCAAAAACUUGGUGAUAGCUGGGGUUCAGGAGAAAACAAAAGAAGGAAAUUAGUCAUUAUUGGUCAGAAUUGUGUGGAACCACUCCAGGCACUCCGUAGUGCCGGUCAUGAGGUGCAUAUGGAUAUGAAAGGGGUGGCAGAAAAACGAAGAAAUAUGGAUAAUCUUAGGAGAAAGAGAAAAGAAGAGAAGAAACGUGCGCGGGAUCAGCGAAGAAAGCAGAGGAAAAAGUUGAAAAUGGGCGGCGAGUAGAGCGGCUCUUCGAAAUUGAUAGAAAUCGAACGUAAAACAUGGAACUAUUAGACUACGGUCAUCCGUUGUGUAGUUUUUACUACCUGCGCACAUAAAUUUUAAAAUUUUGACUCAUUCGAAAGUCUACAUCAAAUUUAGAUCUAGCAUUACAU